GUACUGUAAUAAUGAAUCUGAACUUUCCAGAUGUACUCUCAUGAACACCAUGACCAAAUGUCAACCACAGCCGUUGCCCAGCUGUUGUCAACGAUGCUUUAUUGGAGGAGAUUUUUCCCAUAUUAUGUCUCCAAUAUACUGGCAGGCAUUGAUGAAGAGGGUAAGGGUGUGGUGUACCAUUACGACCCUGUUGGACACAUGGAAAAACUGACGUUCAGUGCCACUGGUGCAUCAGUGUCACAGAUUCAACCCCUGUUAGACAACCAGAUUGGAGGACUAAACAUGCUGGAUGUUCAACCUCCCAAAAUGACUAAGGUGCAGUGCAAUAUUUAAAAACCAUAGAGCUAUAG